AAAAAACCCGACCUCCCAGACCGCCCCCCUAGCGCCGCCGGGCCUCGAGCCCCUGGAUCCACCGGCGGCUGCUCUCACCGGCGCCGCCGCCAUGCCGACCUCGACCGGAGCUUCCACGACCCACUAGCCACGCCGCCCUCGACAGCUGCCGCCACACCCGCCUCGAGCGGCGCCUCCUUCGAUCCGACGCGAUCGGCUGCUCUGACCUGCGCCGGCGCCUCUCACCGGCAGCGCAAGGGAUGCCGCCCAGCCCCUCUCAAGCGGCGCCGCCUCCCAUCCGCCCCAUCCGCAGAUCGGCGAAGAGCUCCCAUGGAAGGCAAUGGCUUCGAUCCGCGGUCCCAUGAGGAGUCCUCCUACGCUGGUGCCAACUCCAAGUCGUCGCAGCCGCCGCCGACCGGCGCCCACGCGUGGGGCUGGCAGCCGCCGCCGACCGGCCCCGUCCACGGUCGGGUCGCCCCCACGGCAUUGGACCUGAACUCGCGAGCGCCGGGGGAGGGGUUCCCUGCCCCUGGUCAGUACCAAAACAUCCUCCAGGGCGACGACUUCGAGCUCUUCGAUGGCAGCGGCAGGUACUCUGGGCUCCCUCCCCAUCGCGCACCACGGUCUAUUGGAGUCCCGGAUCAGCGUGUCGAAGGAUGGGAUGGACGGGCUAGCCGAACAACACAGAGCGCCUGCCACCUCAACUUUGGGCAGUCGGAGCAGUGUUGAGGAGGAAACGAUCGUGGCGGCGGUCAAUCGUGCGCUAACACUACCGUGAUGCCACCUGCUGCACGUCGCCAGCGCAACAACGCGGCGUCCCAUGGAGGCGGAGGCCAGCGCGGACGGCGUCCCCGUGCAGCGAGGAGUGCCGGCCGCGGGCAAGCAUCUAGGUCCGGCGAUCUCUUCACCAAUGAUCAUGAGGAGCCGGAGGAUGAGGUGGAGGAGAUGGGCAGCUCCAAUGGUCCCCCGGUGAGCCAAGGAUCUAGAGCAUUUUGGUCCGAUGAAAAUAGUGCUUGCUUGUUGCAAUUGUGCCUAGAACAAUGAACCACAGGAACAUAUACUGGUGCACAAAUGAGUGGUGAAGGGUACCAAGCUGUGCAAGAGGGCUUAUUUGAGCGUCGUAGGUUGGUGUACACCCGUCUACAGGUGAAGAAUCAAAUAGGAGUUCUCAAAAACAUAUACUCUUUCUAUCGGUACUUGCUAGUGCACACGGGGUUGGGGAGACUACCGGAUGGAACCAUUGAUGCAGAUUCUGAAUUCUGGAUCACCCACACAGAGAAAAAACCUUACCUAAGGAGGCUACUGAAGGGACCUCCACCAAAUUCGGACUUGCUUGAGCAUUUGUUUCGUGGGUUCACAGUGGAUGGAAGCAUAGCUUAUGCUCCUAGAAAUGAUUAUGGUGAGCAACAUGGGCAAGAUGGAGGGGCAAAAGAGACAGAUAGAAGGGCAAAAGAGAAUUUAGAAGCAACACCUAGAAGUACAAGUAGCAAGAGGUCUUGGGCUAGCACCUCAACCACAGUGCUUAGUCCAGUGAAGAAGAGCAAAGGCCCAAUGGUGAAAAUAAUGUGGGACAUAGCUAGUACAUUCAAAGAGUCUGCCAGUAUCAGCGCUAGGAUGAUGGCGAAACGUGCUACUGACAAGGAGGCUUUUUCAAUAGCACGGUGUCAGGAGCUGGCAUUUCCGUGUGGCGUUGAGCGAACAGUUGAAGCUGUCUAUGCAAUGUCUAAGUUGUUUGCAUCUCAGUACCAAAGGGAGUUCUUUUGUGUCCUAGAACUAACUCCAGAUCUUAGGCUCAGGUACUUCAAGAAAUGGUGCAGAAACAAUAAUUUGGAGUAGUCAGGAAGUAUUUGAUGCGUUGUACUAUUGUGUCUGUGAUUGUCGGUGUUUAGCCAUCAAGCCUGUUCAGGGAUACCCUUAGCAGUAGGAUUGUAGGCAAGGGAUCGACUAGCUCUAGAACUCGAUGGUGCAAGGAACACAAGGAUUUGGACA